AUGUUGACCAAAUGCAUACAAGUGUUGAUCAUUUUAAUCGCCACGGUAUCCAGAGCACCAAAUUUGCUCAGUGCAGUACAACCAAUAGAUGAACUUCCGGAUAGAUCUUACGUAAGCCUGGGCGACAUCAACCUGGGAGCCUUUUUUGCGAUCACGGAAUAUUCCAGAGAGUCGCUAUGUGUGGAACGUAUGCGAUUUCCUCUGUUGCUCCAGUACGUUGAGGCUGUGGUGUAUGCAGUGAAUGAAAUCAAUCAGAACCCAUCCCUACUACCUAAUAUAACGUUAGGAUACGUGAUCUUGGAUGACUGUGUUAAACAGAGUGCAGCCACAGCUCAAGCAGUGAGAUUCCUUCCUAGAUUCCAAAACACAGUUGACUGCUACAGUGGCCAUAUUCACUUCGAUGAUGAAGGAAACAUGAUGGGAAAAUACGUGGUCAACCAAAUCCUCCCAGACAGCCCUAUCAAGCAAGUUCCUGUGAGAAUUAUCGACACCGCAAGCCCCAAGAUGUUAACAAAAGUAAAUUCUAUCUCAUGGAAGUUUGUUGAGCCUCUGCAAGAUGUAUUUCCCCCAAAUGCCAUCUUACCAACUCCUCCAUUUCCUCUAGAAGACAAGGACACCCCCGUGUCAGUCUGUAGCCGUCUGUGUGGGGUGGGCGAAUAUAAAAUUCAGAAAGAGCUGCCCUGCUGCUGGGAAUGUCCUUGUUUGCCGUGUCCAAUUUUCAAAUGGCCAGAAGCUAAAACAAAUUUGACCACAUGCAAGGAUAUCAUUCCGGACUACCCGAUAUUCACAGAUACCGUUGUUAUCUUUGAGACUUGCACUAGCUGUUUAGGAAUAUUCAUAGCCGUGGGAGUUUUCAUGGCAUAUGUGUACUAUAGAGAAGCCAGAAUCAUCAAGGCAGCUAGCAGGGAACUGAGUUUUCUCCAGUUGUUUGCUAUAUUACUGGGCUAUAUAACUAUGCUUGUUUAUGUAGCACCACCUACACAAGUUAUGUGUGGCAUUGCCUACUGGCUGUUUUGCUUCUCCUUUGACUUGCUGUAUGCUCCGUUGCUCGUUAAGGCUAUCAGGAUUUACAGAAUAUUCAGCUCAGCUGCUAAAGGAACCAGAGGGUUGAAGUUGGUCAGUCCGCUAUCUCAGGUGGUCAUCUCCUGCAUCGUCGUCAUGGGCCAGGUUAUCAUCAGCAUCUUGGUGUCUGGCCUAGAGAAGCCCACUGCCAUUCUAACUCAGCCAGUGCGAUCAGAAGCUUUUGUAGAGCUUUCCUGUGACUUCACACUGCCGGGACUAGCAUCGUUCCUUGCCUACAAUCUCACCCUGGUUCUUCUGUGCUCGAUCUUCGCCUUCAAAACCAGAAAGCUACCCGACAAUUUUAACGAGUCCCGCUUUAUGUCCAUGUGUGUGGCUACUACACUGGUCAUCUGGCUAGCGUUUAUACCCACCUUCUUGACAUCCAGUCGACAGUACCUAAAAACGUUACUACUAACUUUAGCACUUCUCUUAAAUCAUUCAGUUGCUUUGGUGUUUCUCUUUCUCUCAAAACUCUACGCGGUAAUUUACCUGGAAAACCAAGUCCAAGAUCCUGCAGCAAACGCAAGAACGAAUGGAAUUUUAAGGAUUCAGUCUAGAACCGAACACGCAAGUAACAAUUCUAUAAACGUCCAUGCGAGCGCGGACUGUCCGCAGAGUCAAAUUUGA